CUAGCUGAUUAUAUGAUGAACCACGAUUUAGCCAAUUUCCUCUUCCUUUCCGACUUCGUCUCCAUUCGCCUCGGUUUACUGAGCGCCGGCUUCAUUUCCCCCAGAAAAUUCUGUUUUACGCAUGUCCAUAACGCCGAAGGCUGUUCUCCAUGCUAUCUGUCGCAUCGUUCUCGCCGUUAUUCGCAUUCCUGGUCUUGUCUCGCUCUGCAUUCUUAUAACCCUUUACACCAUAACUGAGCAACGGUUUUCUGACAAGUUUUUUGCAGAAAACUAUACAUGGCAACCUGCUUUUCCUUCAAGUUGGAGAUUCAUCCUCCUCCUCAUCCUCGUCGUACCCACUUUUGCCUUCAUCCAGAUACUCCGUCUCUUGGCCUAUCGAUUUCUACUUCCCCUGUUAAUCGGUCGAUGGAAUAAGACUUUUGGAGCCGGGGACCCUUCCGACGAAGGGUACAUUAUGUUCUAUCGAGAUAGCUCUAUCGGCGGACGUGAACUUUUUAACCCCGAGGAAGAAAUUGCGCUCAUGGAAAGCUCGGAAGAAGGUGCUAGUGUGCGCUCAUCCUCUAGACCAACGUCUCCUACUCCGCGUCUGGCGCCCCAUCCCAAACUGUGGAAGAUAAAGCUUUUCGCAUAUUUCGUCCUGCUUUGUGUGAGCACAUGGGUCGGAGUCCAUUACGAGCAGCCUGGCGAUGUACGCUACAGAGAUUCUAUUCAGGAGGCUGUUGCACACCCUCGAAAACAAGGCUACGGAAAGCAAGAGAAAAUCUUCAUUGCUGCGAUGUUCUACAAUAACGAAUAUGUCAUCCCAUACUGGCACGAUACCCUUAUCAAAGUCAUUCACUAUCUUGGUCCAGAUAACGUCUUCGUCUCUAUCGUUGAGAGUCACAGUACCGAUGAAUCUCCGCAGCUCCUUGACGCACUAGAUGCGGACCUGGCGCUUUUGGGUGUGUCACGGCGCAUACUCACGAGAGAUAAAGCAGUACCAAAGCCCGACGAUAUGCGCGGAAACAACCGCAUUGAAUUCCUAGCCGCUACACGUAAUCGCGUAAUCGAGCCCCUGAUAGUAGGAGGGUAUGAUAGGGUUGUAUUCUCAAAUGACAUAUUUAUCGAGCCCGAGAGCUUCGUCGAGUUGUUGGAAACGAACAGCGGGGAUUACGACAUGGCAUGUGGCCUAGACAUGGGACAUUUUGGUGCAUAUGAUAUGUGGGUUCUUCGAGAUCGACAGGCAAAACUAGCUAGUGCAAUCUGGCCAUAUUUCUUCGACGAAGCUGAUUAUAAAGCAAUGCAUACCGAGUCUCCUGUGCCCGUAUUCACCUGCUGGAACGGCAUCGUUGUCUUCACUGCAGAUCCUCUUCUCCCAAUAGCCUUGCGGUCCAACCGCACGCUUUCCAAUGAUCCUCUGCCAUACGAAUUACCAGCAACACACCCAGCAGCACACAAUGCCUCGAUGCAGGGUCCGAGUCCUGCUCUGACACCCCCAAUACGAUUCCGUGCAUCUGCGCCAGAGGAAUGUUUUUCGUCAGAAAGUUUCCUACUCCCAUAUGAUAUGAGACGACAGUUCAAUCUGCAGAACAUAUAUCUGAACCCAAGGGUAAUCAACGCUUACGACUGGAGGUUUUAUUUCUACUUCAAGUGGCUUAUGCGCCACCCCGUGCUCCAAUGGUGGAUCGAAAAGGUGUAUGAUGGUGCAUGGAUGGCAAGAUCUGUGCUUGUCGUGGGCGAUGCAGAUAAGGUUUCCUGGUGGGACGGUGGAGACUGUCAUCCAUGGUGGUAGGUGGACUCAGUCAUGGGAUUUUGAGAUUUUAGGGCAACAAGUCAUGGGACGAUAUGGGAUUGCCCGUUUAUGACUUCUAUAAUACCAAAGUAUUCGCUCGUGCAUAAAUCAGCCAGGCAGGUACUACUACGAUUAUUUAUAUCUGUUUGCCCUUUAGAUUCACGCAUUAUGUAAUAUACACGAGUCUUAUAUUCGACGACUGGUCUACAUGGUUGC